GAAUGAGUGGAGAAGGAAAAGUAGUGUGUGUAACGGGAGGAUCAGGUUACAUAGCUUCUUGGCUUGUCAAGCUCUUGCUCCACAGAGCUUACACCGUUAAAGCCACCGUUUCCAAUCUAAAUGACCUUGAGAAAACACAACAUUUGGUUUCACUUGACGGAGCAAAAGAGAGACUUCAGUUGUUGGAAGCAAAUUUAGUAGAAGAAGGAUCUUUCGAUUCAGCAGUUGAUGAAUGUGAAGGUGUAUUUCAUGUAGCUUCUCCUGUCUUUUCCACAAAUGACCCACAGAAAUUGGUUGAACCAGCUAUUAAGGGAACCCUAAAUGUUCUGAAGUCAUGUUCAAAAGUAUCUUCUAUCAAGAGAGUGGUUGUAACAUCUUCUAUGGGAGCAGUUAUGUUCAAUGGAAAACCUGUAACUCCUGAUACACUUGUUGAUGAGUCUUGGUAUUCUGAUACAGCUUUCUGUCAGGAAAAUAAGCUGUGGUAUAUGCUUUCAAAAACCUUAGCUGAGGAUGUCACUUGGAAAUUUGCCAAAGAAAAUGGUAUGGACUUGGUUACGGUGCAUCCAGGCUUGACAAUUGGCCCGCUCUUACAGCCAAAACUUAAUCUCUCCGUCGAGAUUAUAUUGAACCAUAUAAACGGUCAAACAUUUCCAAAUGGCAAUUUUAGAUUUGUUGAUGUUAGAGAUGUCGCUAACGCGCAUAUUCUAGCUUUUGAAAGACUAGAAGCUAGCGGCAGAUAUUGUUUAGUUGGACAUGUUGCGCACUUCUCCGAGUUCUUGAAUAUUUUGCGCCGACAAUACCCUAAACUAUCCAUUCCUGAAAAAUGUGUAGAUGACGAUCUUUUCGUGCCGAAAUAUAAAGUAUCCAAAGAGAAAGUGAAGACUUUGGGUUUGGAGUUUACUCCUUUGGAGCUCACCACUAAGGACUUCAUAGAGAGCUUGAAAAUGAAAGGCUUUAUUAAUAUCUCUGAUUGAUGUGAUUUAAAUUUUAAAGGCUUAAUCACCAAAAAAAACCCUCACCUUUUAGCCCCUUUUCAGUUGCACCCUGACGUUGCAAUUUUGUCAAUUGCACCCUAAUUUGCACCUUUGGGUUUCAAUUCCACCCUCAAAAUUAAAUUGGACUUUUUUCACUCGGAAAAAAUUCAUAAAAACCCUUAUAAAGUACUCGUUUGAACUCUUUUUCACAUAAAAAGUUAAAAAUUGAUGACUUAUUUCAAUUUUUUUCGAAUGAAAAAGAGAUCAAUUUAGUACUUGAGGGUGGAAUUGAAAACUAAAGGUGCGAAUUAGGGUGUAACUGACAAAAUUGCAACGUCAGGGUGCAUUUGAAAAGGGGCUAAAAGGUGAGGGUUUUUUUGGUGAUUAAGCCAAUUUUAAAUCCUUUGUUGGUCUUUUUUUCUCUUAAAUAAAAAAAUUAUAGCCAUCUAUGACUUCUUUUGUUGUCUAUUUCGUUGAUGGUUUGUUUUUACUGUUGGCGUCAAUUAUCUUUUCUAAUAAUU